CGCAGUCGUACCGAAUCGCCACUCUACGGUAACGAACGCAUGCCUUUCCCUCUCCCUCUCCCUCUCCUUCCAGACUCCAGAGUAGCAACACCCAGCAUUCGUUCCAAAAAACCAUGGCGAAUUUCCGAAGACUUCUGCUUGGUAUCUCUCGAAUCCUCGAUUCGACGGUCACACAUGGUCCCACCACCGCCCCCAGCCUCUCAAUCCGCCCCCACACUCUCUACAGGUACCCUCUCUCUCUCUCUCUCUCUCUCUCUGCCUUGGUGCGUUCGUUUUCGCGUGCUUAUUCGUACAAUCAACCUUUAGAUAUUGACCUCUCCAACGAAGAAAGCAGGAGGCGCCUAUUUAACAGGCUGUUGUAUAGGAGCAAGCAAAGAGGUUAUAUUGAGCUGGACUUGGUUUUGGGGAAAUGGGUGGAGGACAAUAUCAACUCAAUGGAUGAAAAUGGGAUUAAAUCCCUUUUUGAUGUUCUUGACCUGGAAAACCCAGAUUUGUGGAAGUGGCUCUCUGGCCAGGAGCAACCCCCCGAGAUAGUAACCUCAAAUCCUGUAUUCUCUGCGGUACGUGACAAGGUCAUGAACAACCUCGACAGCCAUGCCGCUCCUGAGACGCGAGCAACGCCGGGAAAAGAAUGGGUAAGAGGAUGGGAUGAUUUUAAGAAAGGGAAAGACAGCCCUAUCACUGGGAAUCAGUAGCUCACUGCCUCGGACCCUAGAACAUUCAGUAAAUUGUGUUUCUUAUGCUAAUAAAGAAUGCUAGUUGUGAUUAUAGAAACCCUGCUUGUGAUAUAGGAUUCAUUCCUGGUUGGUCUAUGUAUGAAUAAGAGCUAGUAGCUAUGGUGAAGCCAAGAGAAGUGAAAAGCUGGGAACUGUGUGUUGCUUUGUAUAAUUGAUUUUAUUGCUGUAUGGAUAGAGUUGUGCUUCAAA